AUGCCCCCACCUGGGCUGGGGGAUCACACCUGGCGGGAACAGUGGAAUGAGGAACGUGAGGCAGAGCUAAGGAACUUGCCCAGCAAGUGGUUAAACAACUUGGUCAGCAACUGGGUUAAACAGAGGAGGGGGAGACGGGACAUCCUGGGCCAGCCCUGCUGCCUGUCAUCAAGUCCUGAAGAUGGAGAGCUGGGGGUCAGGCAGCCCAUGGCAAGUGAAGUCUUCCAAUCAUGCCUCAGCCAGUCCAAGAUACUGGAGCUCUCGAAAGACACCAGGGCUCUGAAGGAGGCCUUUGAGGCGGGGGACCUGCCAGCAGUAGCCGCCAAGUUACAAUCUACGCUUCAUCCUCUGGAGAACGUCGGGCUGGACAUUGGUGUUACCGGGGGAACGGGCUCAGGCAAGUCAACCUUUGUCAACACCAUCCGGGGGCUGGGGGGCGAGGACCCCACCUCGGCCUGCACGGGCGUGGUGAAAAUGACUGUGGACCCCACGCCAUACCCGCACCCCAAGUACCCCAACAUCGUCAUCUGGGACCUGCCGGGCAUAGGCACACACGCCUUCCGGGCUGACAAAUACCUCCAGCGGGUGCUGCUGGGCCGGUACGACUUCUUCCUCAUCAUUACGUUGGAGAGCUUCGCUGCCGACCACGCCCAGCUGGCCCUUGAGAUCCGGCGGCGGGGCAAGCGCUUCUACUGCAUCCACUCCAAGGUGGGUGUGGACAUCGCCGCCUUGUGCAGCUACCGCCCCAGCCCCUUCUCGGAGGAGAGGGUGCUCAUCCCGAUCCGGGACGACUGUGUGCAGAGGCUGGAGGCGGAGGGCCUCAAGGACCCCAAGGUCUUCCUGCUGUCCAUGUUUGAGUCAGGCAAGUACGCCUUCCGCCUGCUGGAGGAGUCGAUGGUGAGGGGCCUAGAGAGCCACAAGCGGCAUGCGUUCCUGGUGGCCCUGCCCAACGUCUCCAAGCCCAUGCUGGAGCGGAAGGCGGCCUCGCUACGGCAGCACAUCUGGCUGGUGGCCAUGGUGGCCUGCGGGGCCAACCCGAGUCCCGUGCCGGGCGUGCCGGAAGUGGCCUGAGACCUGUACCACACGCUCACCCGCUCCCUGGAGGGCUACCGCCGCAGCUUCAGCUUGGACAAGAGCUCCCUCGUCAGGCUGGCGGAGCAGACGGGCCGGCCCCUGCACAAGGUCCUGGAGGCGCUACAGGGCCCGAAGACCGAGAUCACCGAGGCGCUGGUGGCGGAACUGCUGGGCCAGGCCUCCGGGGAUGCCUCGGCGUUCAGCCAGGAGCCCCUCAGCGUGCCCGUCCUGGGCUCCCUGGCCGCCUGCGGCCUCCCCUUUGCCACUGUUUACCGGAUACUCCACACCUCCCUGGACGUGGACAUCUAGAGCGUGCUGGUUGAGGCCUCCCUCGACAACCCCGAACACAAGCUCCCAGAUAAAUCCAGUCAAGGAUCCCAGCCCUGA